AUGGCCUGUUGUCACCACGUCAUGCUGCUGCUGGACACGGCGGGCGGCGCCGCUGUCCGGAGCCCCGUCCGCCGGGCCGCCCUGCGCCUGCUCCUCUACCUCAGCCGCCGCUUCGGCCUCGCGAGGGUCCGCUGGGCCUUCCGGUUCUUCGACUCUGAGGGGGCGCGCGGCCGGCCGUCCCGCGUGUCCGACUUCCGGGAGCUGGGCGGCCGCUCCUGGGAGGACUUGGAGGAGGAGCUGGAGGCCCGGCUCGGGGACGGCGCUGCCGCCGGCGCCCGGCUCCCCGGCCCCGCGCCCCGGGCCGCGCACACGCACGCCGCCCUCAUGGAGACGCUGCUCGACUACCAGUGGGACCGGCCCGAGAUCACGUCGCCCGCCAAGCCCGCGCCGCGCCGCCGCGGGAGGCGCCUGCUGGACGCCGAGAGCGACGAGGCCGCCGAGGCCGGCGCGGCGCUCGGGGGCUUCGCCAACGCCGUCUUCCUGCUCGGCCCCUGCCCGCGCUCGCAGCGGGAGCUGCUCCAGUUCGUGUCCGGCUGCGAGGCCCGGGCCCCGCCGCCCACCCCGAAGCAGCUGAUGGACAAGCUGCUGCCCAGGAGGCUCCAGGAGGUCAUGGUCACCCGGAAGGUCACGUUGUACUGGGUGGACACCACCGAGAGGUCAAAGCUGUGGGAGUCCCCAGACCACCUUGGAUACUGGACGCUGUGUGAACUGCUCCAGCACGUGGGGGGCACUGUCUUGCCAUUGGAGACUUUGAACCCAGAUGGUACGAAAGCUGGGGAGACCCAGCUCUCACGUGAGCCUCACCUCUCCUCGUGGGUGUCAGCACUGCCCACAGACUCCAUCUUAAACUGUCUGCUCUAUAAUUCUCCCGAGUAUGAAGCCUCAUUUCCUCGGACGGAAGGAACGUUAUUUCUCCCUGUUGAAGGCAAAGAGACUCAAGAAGCAUGGACAGUUAUCCUGGAGCCCUUGGCCACGCAUCAGAGACAUUUUCAGAAGCCAGUCAGAAUUUUCCUGAACGGCACGGCCUCCCAGUGGUCCCUCCCAGCGAGCGGCACGCUGGGCACCGACAGCUGGCUGCUCCGGAGCCCGGAGGAGAAGCAGCCAGCCCACAGGGCAUUGUUCCAGCAGCUGGUCCACAGGCUGACUGCCGAAGAGUUACACCUGGUCGCCAGUGUGGACCCCGGAGACGGCUGGCCCCCCGUCACAGGAGUUAUUUCCCCGCUCUCUGCCACCACUGCCGUUCUCACCGUGCUCCGCACCGAGGAGGCUGCGUUUCAGAGGCAUUUUCUCCGAACAGCCAUGGCCGAGAACCCCCUGGACACCACAUCCCUGUGUUCCGAUGUCAUGGGGGUCGUGUUGAGUCCGACCCCGGGUUUACCGGAAGACCCGUCUACCUCCGCUCCUCCCUGUCCGGAGUGGGCCCAGCAGGAGCUCGGCCGCACCGCGCCCUGGAGAGCCGCUGUUGCCGAGAGCUGGUUUCCCUGCUGCAACCUCAGUGGCGCCAGUUCCAAUCUGAUGGAGUCAUUUUGGCUACUGCAGGCUGCUUCACCCAAUAAGGAAGAAUCUUCCAAGACUGAGAGUGAGCUCACACGCCGCCUGUCCGAGCUCUACCUGAGAAAGUCUCGUGAAGAGCCCGCCGUGUCUAACCAGGAAGACAGCAAAAAGAAACGAGGCGUCCCUCGCACGCCAGUGCGUCAGAAAAUGAAGACCAUGUGCCGCUCCCUAAAGAUGCUGAACGUCGCGAGGCUGAACGUCAAGGCCCAGAAGCUGCACCCCGACGGCAGCCCGGAGGCCUCGGGGGACAGGGCGGCCCAGCAGGCGGCGGGCGGGAGAGCGGCGGGCAGACUGGAGCCCAGAGGACGGACACGGAGAAGCUCCAGACCCAAAGAUUUUAAAACCGAAGAGGAGCUGCAAUCGUACUUACGUGAAAAUUACCAAAAGACCAUGGCCACGGGAGAAACCAUGUUGUACUCAUGUGCUCAGAACAUGAUCUCAACCAUCAAAGCGUUUCUCAAGUCCAAAGGCACCAAGGACUUAGAGAUGAACUGCUUGCAUCAAGUCAAAAAUAGCCUCUUAAAAACUAGCAAAAGUCUUAGACAAGACAUAGGCAAAAACCUGGAUAAAGAGGACAAAGUCAGAGAGUGCCAGCUGCAGGUGUUUCUCCGUUUGGAGAUGUGUGUGCAGUGCCCGCUGAUAACGGACAGAACGGAGGACGUGGAGCAGCUGGUGGAGGAGGUGGCGGAUCUGCUGCGCGUGGUGUGUCUGACCGAGGACUCGGCCUACCUGGCGACGUUUCUGGAAGAAAUCCUGCAAUUGUACCUCGGCUCCGUCCCGAAGGCGCUGGGGCAGCUGUACGACAGCCUGGGCUUCGUGGUUCCCCCGAAGCUGGCGGAGGUCCUGCCGACAGACUUCUUCAGCGAUGACUCCGUGGCCCCGGGGAGCGGGUCGCCGCGGUCCUCCGUGCCGCCCGUGGCCGGCGGCGACAGGUCGGCGCCGGGCGGCUCGGACUCCGACCGGCUGGAGGAGCUGCGGACCCGAUCGGCCAAGAAGAGAAGGAAAAAGGCGUUAAUAAGACACAAAAGCAUUGCGGAGGGCUCACAGAACGUUCGGCAGAUUGAAAUCCCCAAGGUGUCCCAGAGCAGAGUGUCCCAGAGACCCGCGAGAAACGAGAACCCUCGCCCCACUCUCCCGCAGCCCUCACUCCCAGUGAAAGAUCCGGUACAAGAAGUGACCAAAGUUCGAAGGAAUCUCUUCACCCAGGAAAUUUCUCCUUCCAAGAGGCCGGCGAAGCGGGGGCUGCCGCGAAGCCACUCGGUGUCGGCCGUGGAGGGCCUGCGGCACAAGCUGGACAGCGCCAGCGGGACCAGAGGGCACCACCGGCUGCUGACCAGGACCGUGGCCGAGACCCCAGAGCACAAGCAGGUGUCCGGGCGGCUGCUGCACAGGCAGAUCCAGGGCAGGUCCUCUGACCCCGGUCCUGAGGUGGAUGUUGUGGAGGAGUCCCCAGAGAAAGAAGUGAGCCUGAGAAGAAGCCCGCGCAUCAAGCAGCUGUCCCUCGGCCGGACCAGGUCCGGUCCCUUCUACUCCGUGUCGCAGUCGCAGCCGCGCAGCGUGCAGAGAGCUCACUCCUCCCUGCAGGGCCCGUCAGACCCAGGAUCGCCUCCCAUCCCGAGCAUCCGGUCUCCGAAGACGCUGCUUUUCGGGGCCGUGUCCGAGGUGGUCAGGCCCUCGGAGGAGGGUGCGGCUCGACGGAAAGGGUCUUCAGGAGACACAGUGGCCUCCGAGAUGCCGGCAGCUCACCAGACUCCGAGGAAGAGCUCCCGGGAACGCCCCAGCUCUCCGAAAGCGACGCCCCGCAGGCCCCCCCGGGCCCCCCGCACGCCCGCCCCGCAGCCCUCCGCGCCCCACCGCUCACCGUCUCCGCCCGCAGCCUCGCCCGAAGGCGGCCAGCCCCCGGGGUCGCCGCAGAGCCCCUGGCUGCCCGCAGUGGCCUCCAGUCCAGAAAGCACCCCGCGUCACGCAGCCUGGGGGGCGGCCGCACCUCCGCCACAGACACCGCAGCACCCCCGCCGCCCCGGAGCCUCUGGGGGCGAGGAGCCAGCACGGAGAGGGAGAGGGAGAGCUCUCAGGACCCCGACAGGACCCGGGGCCACAGCCGAGCCAGCUUCCCCGCCUGCGUCUCCGCUCGCCUCCCCUGUGACUGACACUCCCGAGAGCGCCCCCUGGGCAGCCCGGGCCGAGUCCCCUCACCCUGGACAACCGGACGGGAGGGAGCCCCCCAGCACCUCAGGGCGAGCCGAGCCGGACUCCAGCCCCAGCCCCCGCCCUCCUGAAGGGGGGACGAGGCUGGGAAGCACCUCCAGUCCCCAGAAGGGCUCCCUGGAGGGCGCCCCCGGGCUGGGCUGCGGGAGCGGCUGGCACAUGCCCUCCCCGGUGCUCCCUGCAAGGGGCACGGAGCCCCGCCCUGUCCCGGGCGAAGCCGCGGCCGGGAGCAGCCACGUCGCUCCCGUGGGAGCCGGCGAGGGGCUAAGGCCCGUGGCUGCUGGGGAGCAGCCCUCUGGCCCCGGGACUCCUCCCUCCGCGCCCGGCUCUCCGCAGACACCGCCCGGCCCUCCGCUCUGUGCGGCCCCCGGAGGGCGGUGCCUGCCAGCGGCCGCCCCGCUGUCAGAGGCCCCUGCCCAGCCCCAGGCCUACGAGGCGGAGCUGGACGGGCAGGCGGGGGGGCCGCCCAAGCUUCAAGUCAAGAAGGUGGACGCCAGCCCGGGGUGCGAAGCCGAGCCGCUGAGGAGGGACCCGAGCGUGGCCCCCGGCCCGGGCGGGCCCAGGGGCAGCAAGUCCUCAAAACCCGACACCUACACAUCGCCCCCCUGCCUGCGCCCCGCGCACGGCAGCCCCAGCAAGAGCGGCGGACAGACCUACAUCUGCCAGUCCUGCACCCCCACCCGCUGCCCCUCGAGCACCCCCAGUCCGUUCCAGGCCGAGGCUGGGGCUCCCUGGACACCGUCUCCCAAGCACAGCGGGAAGACCACCCCGGACACCAUCAAGGACUGGCCGCGGAGGAAGCGGGCGGUGGACGGCAGCCUGGGCGGCCCUGUGGGCAGGGACGCGGGCACAGACCUUGGUGCGGGCGGGUCGCCGCUGCGGCCGGCAGGCGCGGAGUUGGACCUGGACCUCGGCCUCCACAAGACGCGCGUCCUGGGGGACUUGGAGCUCGAGGGGGUGUGUCGGCUGCCAGACCAGUCCCCCCCGGGAGCCGGGGACGGGGUGCCCGGGUCCGAGGAGGCCCCCUCCUGGAGGCCGUCCGGGUGGGGCUCCCGGAAGAGGCUGCUGCCCCCCGAGGACACGGAGUGUGAAGCCAAGAGGGCCUGUGAGCCGCGGGGAGAGGCCCCGGAGGCCGGGGGCGAAGCCAGAGCUCCAGGCGACGCCGAGCCGUGGGUUCUGGGCUCCACGCCCCCUUCUGGCCGCGCCGUGCACAGCGGCCUCUCUGCCCGCGGCCUCCAGGCCCUGACCCAGUCCCCGCUGCUGCUCCCCGGGAGGAUGCCCGCGCAGGGCACCGCCGCCCCGGGCGAGGACUUGGAUGUGUUUCCCGCCGAGGAGGACUCUCCCUUCAGCCGAGCCUUUUCCAGGACGCGCCCCGUCAGCAGGACGUACUCCCGGAAGAAGCUGAUCAGCUAA